AUGGCGGGUACAACAAUAACCCCAAUGUAUUACAAUUUCGAGCUGCUUUCAAAAAAACACAACCAUUUAGAACUUCGUUCAUCAUUCACGGAAAAGGCUUUAAGGAAAAAAUGGAAGAACAUUCGGGACCAAUUUAUGAAAGAAUUUAAAAAAAAUCCGGUUCCUCGUUCUGGCGAUGCUGGAACUGAUCAAAACACUUCAAUGUGGCCAUAUUUUCAAAUUAUGUUGUUCAUAAAAGACGACAUUACCCCAGAAUUAAAUGAAGGCAAUUUAGAUGAAACUACUGAUGGAAACUAUAUGAAUAAUAAUAAUGAUAAUGAGCGGUCCCCAACUCCCCAGUCAAUAGCUGGUUCAUCUGCAAGUACACAAUAUACGAGCACCAAACGUAAAUGUGCACAAGAUUUAAGACAGGAAUUUAUGGAAUUGGAGAAGAAAAAGUUGGACUUAUUACAAAUUAAACUGUCGCAAAGCAGCGAAAAACAAGAACACGAUUGCGAAGAUCUGUUAUUCUUUAAAAAUUUGUUGCCGUACAUGAAAGAAUUAUCUCCUAUGCAAAAAUUACGGACUAGAAACAAAAUUACACAAGUUAUUAUGGAAUCACUGAAAACUGUCUCAGAAACUGACGAAGAAGAAGACGACGAUAUCGAAUGGAGUAACAGUGACGAAGAAAAUGAUACUUUAUAA